AUGGCCGGCAAAGAUGCUCCAUCACCAUCACAAAGAAUUGAAAUUAACACUCCAUUCUACCUCGGUGCACAUGAUAGGCCGGGAGAUUUCAUCACACCCAUCAAACUCAAACUUGAUAAUUUUAAUUCUUGGUCACAUGCCAUUAAAGUUGCUCUUUGUUCUCGUCGUAAAUUCGGAUUUCUUGAUGGAACGAUUACAUAUGUUAUGUCACCCGCAACAAAAGAGGAUUGGGUUGUAGUCCACUGUAUGCUCGUGUCAUGGCUCAUGAAUACAAUCUAUCCUGAGGUAAAAUCUACGCUUUCCAAUUAUGAUAAUGCUAAACACUUGUGGGAUGAUUUGCAUGAACAUUUUUGCAUUGUGAAUGGACCUCGGAUUCAUCAGUUGAAAUCUCAAAUUAAUAAAUGUGAGCAAACUAAAAUCAUGUCUGUUGCGAUUUAUUUUGGAAAAUUAAAAGUUUUGUGGGAUGAACUUGCUCAAUUACAACCUUUAAUUUCUUGUAAGUGUGGUCAAUGUAUUUGUGAUGUUAGUAAACAACAUGUAAAGCGCCGUGAAGACGAUAUGUUGCAACAAUUUUUGCUUGGUUUAUAUUCCGAGUAUUAUGCACACAUUAGGUCCAAUAUUCUCGCUCAAGAUCCUUUACCAUCCUUGAAUAAAGCCUAUCAACAAGUAUCUCAAGAAGAACUUGUACAGGGUUUUGCACGUGUCCAAGACGAAAUUUUCCCUCCUGUGGGGUUUGCUGUCCGUGCAGCAGUUGGUCGGGGUCGUGGCGCUGCUGUGAAGCCUGCCUCGGUUACUGUGUGUACUCAUUGCAAGAAGUCGGGUCAUUUGGCUUCACAUUGUUAUGCUUUACAAGUGUGUUCUCACUGCAACAAGCGAGGUCAUGAUAUCUCUCGCUGUUUUGAAAUCGUGGGUUACCCUGAAGGAUGGACCAUGGGGAAUCGAGGCAACAAGUCCUCUGGUCAAAAUUGUGGGAUAGUACGUGCCAAUGCAGCAACAGUAGCCGGCAGCAGCAUAGGAGGAUCUACAGUAGCAGCAACCAGCAGCUGUUCUGUUCCUACUCCAUCAGCAGCCUUCACGGCAGCAGCUCUUGAGGUCUUCACGGCUGCUCAAUGGAAAACUAUCAUGGGCCUCUUUGGUAAUGACAAAAUACCGGAAAAUCGCUUGAGUGGUAAGUUCGAUAUUACUUCUUGGAUCAUUGAUACAGGUGCAACUCAUCAUGUCACUGGAGACAAAUCUUGUUUAUUUGACAUCACAAAUAUACAUUGUCCUGUGGGUUUGCCAAAUGGUGAUAAUGUUAUUGCAUCCUUGGAGGGUUCGGUUCAUUUGUCAGAUAUGAUCACUCUACAUCAUGUUCUAUAUGUUCCCAACCUAAGCUGUCAUUUACUUUCUGUUUCGCAACUUAAUGAUAAUUUACAGUCUGUUGUCACAUUUCACUCUGAUGUGUGCUUGAUACAAGACCACAUGAAGGCUCUGAUUGGAACGGGAGUUAGGCGAGAUGGACUAUACUACUUCAGCAAACCAAAGGUGGUGUCUACAAUCGAAGCUUCAACUGAUGUGGAGUUGUGGCAUAGAAGAAUGGGGCAUCCCUCUGAGAAAGUAGUUAAGUCUCUUUCUCAUGUCAGUCGAUCCAGGAGUAGUUUGAAUAAAAAUUGUGAAGUCUGUUUUUGUUCCAAACACCAUAGAGACAAGUUUUCUUUAAGUGCUAAUAGUUGUUCUCCCAUUUUUGAAAAAAUACACUGUGAUUUGUGGGGUCCUUAUCGACAUGAGUCAUCAUGUGGUGCUCGUUAUUUUUUGACUAUUGUGGACGUUUUUUCAAGGGCUGUAUGGAUAUAUUUGUUGAUUGAUGAAAAGGAAGUUUUUCAGAUGUUUAUGGCUUUUGUAGCUAUGGUGGAUAGACAAUUUGGCCAAUCUAUUACUAUUGUACAAAGUGAUAAUGGUAGUGAAUUUAAAUGUUUGAUUGAUUAUUUUCGUGAUAAUGGUAUUCUCUUUCAAACCUCUUGUGUUGGUACACCACAACAAAACGGGCGGGUGGAGAGAAAGCAUAAGCACAUAUUGAGUGUUGGGAGAGCUUUGCGUUUUCAAGCCAACUUGCCAAUUUAUUUUUGGGGUGAGUGUAUUCUUGGUGCGGCACAUUUGAUUAAUCGUACUCCCACACCCCUUCUUCAAAAUAAAACACCGUUUGAAAUUCUUUUCAAUAAAUUACCCACCUUUGAUACUAUUCGUACCUUUGGAUAUCUUUGUUUCGCUCAUAAUCAAAACACAAAAGGUGACAAGUUUGCUAGUAAGAGUAGGAAGUGCGUCUUUGUCGGGUAUCCUUUUGGGCAAAAAGGUUGGAGAUUGUAUGAUUUGAAUACGAAGGAAUUUUUUGUUUCUCGAGAUGUUAAAUUUAUUGAAAAUGUGUUUCCGUUUUCUAGUCCCGAUAAUGUACACAAUGUGUCUAGUGAUGAUUACAGUGGUGCCAUUCAUGAAGAUUUUGCGGAUAUUGGUUUGUGUGAUGAUGAAUGUGAGGAUGAGGUGUCUAAUUAUGGUCAGGGGGGUAGAUACGAGUUGUGA